AUGGCAUCCACGGAAAAAGGGUUUUGCAAUAGGGCAAAUCUUCUACGUACCACCGGGCACUGGAGAAAUCUAUUAUCUUCGAUGUUUAUUGAAGAUCUAAAAACUGUAGCCGGUCAAACGCAUGUUUCUUUUAGAGAAGCGUGUUAUGCUAGAGGGUUGUUAGAUGACGACAAAGAGUAUGUUGACGCGGUAAACGAAGCAAGUCAAUGGGCAUCAGCUCAUGCUCUGAGAAAAUUGUUUAUUACACUCCUGACUUCCAACUCAAUUGCAAAACCAGAGACUGUAUGGGAAGCGGUGCGGCAUCAGUGGCAUCAUUUAGCUGAUGACGUGCAAUUUAAUACUAGACAUCUAACAAAAGAUCUAGAACUAAUAUUGACCAAACAAGAACGAAAGAACUAUGCAUUGAAUGAGAUUGAACAAUUGCUAGCCGUGUGGGGCAGGACCCUAAAGGACUUCCCAUACAUGCCUGUUCCGGAUUAUGGUGCAUCCAGACUUACAUCUAAUAGACUUAUAUAUGAAGAACUUUCAUAUGAUCGUGAAGCGCAAAGGCUUGAGAAUGAACAAUUAGUUGGCCAAUUAACAGACGAGCAGCGACAUACCUACAACGCAAUUAUGGCAGAUGUUGAUGCAAAGGCAGGAGGGUUGUUUUUUGUGUAUGGUUAUGGAGGAACUGGCAAGACUUUUCUAUGGCGAGCACUUUCUUCAUGCAUAAGGUCAAGAGGUGAAAUUGUUCUAAAUGUUGCAUCUAGCGGUAUAGCAUCAUUACUGCUACCUAGUGAACGUACAGCCCACUCGAGGUUUGCCAUACCUAUCAAUAUAAAUGAGGACUCUACUUGCAACAUUAAACAAGGUAGUCCAUUGGCAGCAUUAAUCGUGCGUUGCAGUCUUAUCAUUUGGGAUGAAGCUCCUAUGAUGCACAAACAUUGCUUCAAAGCAUUGGACAAGACAAUGAGAGAUUUGCUAAGGUUUCAAAAUCCUGGUAGUUUGGAAAUGACCUUCGGUGGGAAGACACUUGUACUUGGUGGAGACUUUAGGCAAAUACUUCCAGUUAUUCCAAAGGGGACAAUGCAAGAUAUUGUCGGAGCAACAAUCAAUUCAUCGUACUUAUGGAAAAAUUGUAGAGUAUUGAGGUUAACAAAAAAUCAUCGGUUGCGUAACAUCCAAGAUUAUGUGGACUAUCACGAAGUAGAAGAUUUCGCCAAGUGGAUAGCUGAGAUUGGUGACGGUGUUGUAGGGAUAGCAAAUGAUAUGGAUUGCGAUAUAUCUAUACCGCAACAGAAUAUAUUGCACUGUGGGGAUGAUCUGAUUACUACAAUAGUUGAAUCUACGUUCCCUAAUUACCGUAGUGCAAACUAUGAUCGAUAUGUUCUUGAAAACCGUGCUAUUUUAGCUCCAACAUUGGAUGUGGUUCACAGCAUUAAUGAGUAUAUGAAUGGAAUGGAUGAAUCCAAAGGUAGAACAUAUUUGAGUUGUGAUUCAGUGUGCAAGUCCGAUUCAAAUGUGGAUAUGUUGUCAGAUUUGCACACACCUGAAUUCUUGAAUGGAAUCAAAUGCUUGGGUAUUCCAAACCAUUGUUUUACGCUAAAGGUAGGCUCUCCAGUGAUGUUGUUAAGAAACAUUGACCAUUCAUUAGGCCUUUGUAAUGGUACUCGGUUGAUUAUUACCAAAUUGGCUGAUUGGGUUAUAGAAGCGAAGAUUAUGUGCGGAGCUCAUGUAGGAACAAAAGUUUUAGUUCCUCGAAUGUCACUAACACCUUCAGAUCCAAGACUACCAUUCAAAUUUUAG